GCUUCCUGUUCUCGUCGCGAUGGCGCGCGCAGGGCCCCUCCGGCGCUCGUAGCUGCUCUUCCCCUCCCCCCCAUUCUCCCUUCCCCCUCCCCCCCUUUUCCCUCUUAUGGCGGCCCCGCACCCCGACAAGCUGGAGGGGGGAGUCGGCCCAGCUCCGCCUGCUCCGGGUCCGCCGCCUCCUCCGCCAGGGAACAUCUCCACAGGACCAGGCCGCAAGCAGGGCAAGGCCGGUAAGGGCCCGGGAGGCGGGCGAGGGUGGUUGCCAUGGAGACGGAGGCCUUGAGUGACAGGGGAGGGCGCACGAUGAUGAUGAUGAUGAUGGGGGGGUGUCUUGUCUAUGGGUGGAACCCCCUUUUCCCUCUGGAAUUUAAAUAUUUGUUUUCUUUUAAAACGUGCACGUUGGGUUCGGACUUAGCUGUUCUGAGAUCAGAUCCAUUGAAAUCAAUGGGACUCGGAAGUUAGGCUUAUGGAGUCGGCACGUUUCGAGUGGCAGCUCCCUCCGCCCUUGAAAUCAAUGGGACUUACAGGGACUUACAGCAGCCUUGUGUUUAAGCCCUCCCUGGUAGCUCUAGGUCCUUUUGAGUCUGUUGUUCUGUGUGAUAGCGUGAACCCUGGUGAGUUAGAAGGAACAGGGCAGUCGGGAGAAGGGCUGCAAGCUCAGAGGCAGGGAGCAUCACUUCUGCACGCAGAAGGUCCCAGGUUGGCUCCCCAAUGCUGGGAAUGUCCUUUUCGAAAUCCCGAAAAGCUACUGCCAGCCAGGGUAGGCAGUGCAGAGCUAGAAGGACUAAUGGCCUCGCUCUGGAUUAGGCAGCUUCCUGCACUCCUCUUUAAUUUGGCCCUUUAUUUACUACCAUGGGAGCCAGUGUGGCGUAAUGGUUACAGUGUUGGAAUACCUUGGAGACCAGGGUUCGAAUCCUCGCUCAGCUAUGAAGCAAGCUCAUUGGGCCAGUCACCAUCUUUUAGACUAACCUACCGCACAGGUUUGUUGUGAGAGGAUGAGAACCAUGUACACCACCAAGAAGAAAAAGUGGUAUGUUAAUGUAGUAAGUGAAAAUGAAAUUUAUCUUUAUUUUAAUGUUAGAGGAAGGGAUGUAGUUUGCAUGCUAAUGGUGCAAGGUUGAAACCCCCAGCAGCUCCACGUAGGGCUUGGAAGGUCCUGUGUACAUCCCUGGAGUGCUGCUGCCAGUCAGUGUAGUCAACACACUUGAUGGGCCAGUGGUCUGACUCAGAAUAAAACAGCUUUCCAUGUCCCUUUGUUAUAAAGAAGAGUGGUAGCUCAGUGGUGGAACAUCUGUUUCACAUAUAGAAGGUCCCAGGUUCAAUCCUUGUCUUCUCCAGGUGAUUUUUAUUUUAGCUUUAGUGACAACUUUUUCUUGUUGUUGUUUAGUUGUGUCUGACUUUUCGUGACCCCAUGAACCAGAGCACACCAGGCACUCCUGUCUUCCACUGCCUCCCGCAGUUUGGUCAGGUUCAUGUUGGUAGCUUCAAGAACACUGUCCAACCAUCUCAUCCUCCCUCGGUCUCUUAUCUUUGUGCCCUCCAUCUUUCCCAACAUCAGGUUCUUUUCCAGGGAGCCUUCUCUUCUCAUGAGGUGGCCAAAGUAUUGGAGCCUCAGCUUCCAGAUCUGUCCUUCCAGUGAGCACUCAGGGCUGAUUUCCCUCAAAAUGGAUAGGUUUGAUCUUCUUGCAGUCAAUUCCAACUAGCAAUGGACAAUUGUGCCAUGAAUUUAUCUAGUCCCUUAGAACAGGAAUGGAGAACCUGUGGUUCUCCCAGGUGUUCAUAGAACUGUAGAGUUGGAAGGAAAUCCAAGGGUCAUCUGGUGAAAACCCUCAAUGCAUCCAUGACAGAUGGUCAUGCAACCUCCGCUUGAAAACCUCUAGGGAAGGAGAGUCCAUCACCUCCCGAGGGAGUCUGUUCCACUGUCGAAUAGCUCUUGCUGUCAGAAAUACCUUCCUGAUGUUUGGUCGGAAUCCCCUUUCUAGCAACUUGAAUCCAUUGGUUAUGGUCCUAGCUUCUGGAGCAGGAGAAAAUAAGCUUGCUCCAUCUUCCAUGGACAGCCCUUCAGAUGUAUCUCCUCUCAGUCUCCUUUUUACCUGACUAAACAUCCCCAACUCUCAACUGUUCCUCCUAAGGUUUGGUUUCAUCUCGGUCGCCCUCUGCACAUGUUCCAGCUUGUCAAUAUCCUCCUUAAAUUGUGCUGCACAGAACUGGACACAAUAAGCCCCGGGCAGCAUUGCCAUUGAUAGGAGUUGUAGUCCAACAACAUCUAUAGGGCCACAGUUUAUCCACGCAUGCUUUAGAAGAAUCUAAGAACUGUUUUGAUUAAUAUGAGCAUGGACACAUUAUAAUAAUUAGUAGUAGUAGUAACUCAAUUUAUAUGCUGCCCUUCAUCUCAAGAUCACAGGGUGGUUUUUACCCACCACCCAGUUUUCCAAGUGCCCAGGCAAAUAUUUCAGCAGGGCCUGAAGGCAAUUUCCCCUCUCAUACUGUUCGUUCUCCUCCAGCACUGCCCCAAAGCAAAAUCUGUUCAGGAGGGAAGAACUUUGCUUUUCCAGAACUUGAAGACAGAUGUUUGAAAAAUGCAUUGAUUGAAUUAAGUGCCACAAGAUGUUGUGAAAGCCACCACCUUUAAUAUGUUUACAGACACAAGGAGGUGGGCUGGGCAAUUAAAGGUGGUGGCUUUUGUAACAUCCAGUGGCACUUAAUUAAAUCAAUGCAUUUUUCAAAUGUCUCUCUUAAAGUUCUGGAAAAGCAAGGUUCUUCCCUCCUCCCAAACAAGCAACUAGGCAGGGAAUGAUCUUGAUGCAGUUGAUUUUGUUUUUGAAACACAAAUUUCUAGCAUAGUUAUCUGUAGACAGGAAAAUAGGGUGUUGUUGGGUUUAGUGGUCUAGUGACGUGGGCAGGCUUAGUAGCAAGCCAGUGCACCGGGAUAUUCAGGCAGUGACUGACUGACCACCCAGACUUUGGAUUAGCUUGUCACAUCUACAUUUCAUUUUCUCCUCCCUUUUCUCCUCCUAAUUAGGCCUUCAAAUGAAGAGUCCCGAGAAGAAGCGCCGCAAGUCCAAUACACAGGUAACGUGACUGGGGUGUGUGUCUGUUUGCACCGUAUAUGAAUCAGCAUUGAUACAUCUCUACAGAGCAGCCUCUGAGAAUUACUGUCUGCUUCCCUUCUCCCUUGCAUGCACCUUAAUUUCCUUGCAAGUAAGACUUCUGGAUCUUGAAUUUCCACAGAACCAUAGAAUUUCUUGCCUGAUCAAAAAGCAGAUUUUCAACUGUCUUAAAGUAGCAGCUGCGAAAGAAUUACUGUAUUUACUCAAAUCUAAGGCUCACCUUUUUUGGCCAAAUCAUGUUGCAAAAAUUAAGGUGUGCAUUAAAUUCGAUGGCACAUUUACAUUCACCAGGAAAUACUUUUUUUUUUGUUUCAAAGUUCUAAAAAUUGAGGUGCGCAUUAGAUUCGAUGGCACAUUAGACCUGAGUAAAUAUGGUCAUUAUUUGAGAUACCUAAUAUCACUGGUCCAACAAAUCAUUCAACCCAUUGAAUAUAUCUCCGGUUCAGAAUGAAGAUAUCUCAUUUAAAUCUCUUAUUAGUUAACUGUUGUUAGCAGUUAGACUUGCUAUAGCCCAUAUGUUUUAGGAAGACAUGAAAGGGGCAUCCUUAUUGAAAUAACGUAACAUAAUUUGGUGACUAGUCCUCAUAGAGAAAUUGAGCAACAAAAUACGGCUGGCAGAGAUGCAAAGUGUCAUUUACAACUGACUGACACUCUUUUAUCGAUUACAUGAAUAAGACAAACAGUCCUUAACUUUCUCAGACACCCAAAGUAGUUUAUUAUUAUUAGUGUACCACCCUGUACCCGUAGAUCUCAGGGUGGUUCACAACACAAUAUUACAAUAAAAAUAAACACAAAAUACAUAAUUAAAAAUAAGACCAGAGACGACCCAGUUAAUCCCUGCUUGCACCUCACAUUUAAAAGGGCAUCAGAUCGCAAUCAGCCAAAGGCCUGGUUGAAGAGAAACCUUAUCGCCUGGCAUCUAGAGAUAUGUAAACAAAUGUGCCAAGUGACAACUUUCCACAAAUGGGAGCCACUGCAGAAAAGGCCCCGUUCUUAGGUUGCCACCCUCUGGACCUCUCUUCUUUGGUUGCUCUGGGUUAAAUCACAUUCUUACGCCGUGUCUUCACUGUAUACCUCAAUAUUUUUUUGUUGAGGGGAGGGUGUCAUUUUCCAAAAAAGAUCAAUUGAGUUAUAGGGGGAAAGAAUUAACCUGGUUAAAUCAAACGGCCAGCCUGGAUGGCGAGGAUGGUCGAGAAAUAUGGCCGUGUUUUCAGCCCCAUGGUGGAGCAGCCUAGAAUUCCCUGGGCAUAAUGUACAGAUUGGUUUCAUCCGCGCAGCGGAGGUCCCCUGCUUCCCUCCUGUUAACUGUGGCGCAUCUUUCCCUUCCAGGGCCCUGCCUACUCCCACCUCUCGGAAUUUGCUCCCCCGCCCACGCCCAUGGUGGACCACCUGGUGGCAUCGAACCCCUUUGAGGAUGACUUCGGGGCCCCCAAAGUCGGCUCUGCCUCCGCACCUUUCCUCGGCAGCCCCGGACCCUUUGGGAACUUCCGCAUGCAGGGGGCGAUGGGGCCGCAGGUGCCGCCCGGCUACGGCGGGGGCCCCCAACCCAUGCGGAGGCAGCCUCCCCCUUUCGGACCAAGCCAGAUGGGUCCCGCCUUCAACAUGCCUCCCCAGAACCCCGGGUACGUGCAGUCCGGAGGGAUGGGCUUUGGCGGCCAGCCCUUUGGCCAGCCCCUGGGCCAGAACUUCAGCCCCCCCGGGGGGCAGCUGAUGCAGGGCCCCAUGGGCGGCUUCGGCCCCAUGAUCUCCCCAACCAUGGGGCAGCCCCCGCGCGGAGGCGACAUGGGCCCGGGGCCCGCCCUAAACCCUCCCGGGGGGCCACCGAUGGCCCAGCGUUUCAACCAGCCGGGCAACCUGUUCGGACAGUCCCCCAUGCAGCGCCCGAACCUCCCCAACCUGCCCCCCAACCCCAGCUCCUUCCCCGGGCCCGACCCCAGCUUCCCCCCUGGCGGUGGUGGCGGCGAAGACAACGGCGGGGGGAAGCCGCACAACCCGCCCCCCAGCACCUUCAGCCAGGAGCAGCACAGCGGUUCGCCGGCAGCCAUCAACGGCACCCAGCCCCCUUUUGCGCCCAACAGCACGGGGCACGGCGGAGGCGGCACGCCCGAGGCCAACAGUCUCCCGCCCUCCAGCAAGGCUUCCGGGAACUCGGGCCACCAGCCCCCGCCCGGCCUGGUGUACCCCUGCGGGGCGUGCCGCAGCGAGGUCAACGACGACCAGGACGCCAUCCUGUGCGAGGCCUCGUGCCAGAAGUGGUUCCACCGGGAGUGCACGGGGAUGACCGAGAACGCCUACGGGCUGCUGACCACCGAGGCCUCGGCCGUCUGGGCCUGCGACUUCUGCCUGAAGACCAAGGAGAUCCAGUCGGUCUACAUCCGAGAGGGCAUGGGGCAGCUGGUGGCCGCCAACGACGGCUGAGCCUCUGCCGCAGCCGCUUCCCUCUGCCUGGGCGUCGGAGGUGGUGGCAUCCUUGCUCUACACCACUAGACACUCUUCGGCCUUGUCCAUGGAUUCUGCAGCCUGUCCAAGGAACACGGGUAGCACAUUUUCAAAGCCCCCCGGUUAUUGAAAGAAUUUGGUGGGAGGGGAGGACAGAGUUUUCGGCCUUCUGUGACCUCCAGAACCUGGAGCUGUUCUUCCCAAGCCUUCCAGCAUUCCAUCUCCUCCUCCUGCGAUUUUUUUACCGUCGCUGCUGCGGUUCGAAGCCACAGAACAGCCAGUCUUGGGCAGCAGAUACCCAGCGGACAGCAAUUUAGCAUAAACUGGAGAGCGGUUACUACCACAGUUUGGACCAGUUUCUUCACUGGGGGUGUCUGUGCUCUCUCUCCCGCUGGCGUUUGCUUAGAAGAAGAGGACCGCCACCCGCUCUCUUCAGAGGCAGCACGGUUCCCUCAGUUUCCCAUUUCCCUAGAACUACUGCCAGAUGCGAGUCUGCCAAAGCCUGGGCCCUGUGGGGAGGGUUGAUAUUUUGAAGGUCGACAGGCCCUCAAGUAACGGAGAACAGACCAUCCCUGCCCUGAACCUCUUUCAGAGGGCAUUUCCAGAGAGCCAUGCAAGAGGAAAACACUCUUGGACAUCUUUUUGGUUUUUUAAAUUUUUACUUUUAAAAAGAAAUUGGCGGGUUUGUUUGUUUUCUCCCUUAGACCCAGACCUUUUUUGUACUUGUGUGUGUGUUUUGGUCAAGUGGUUACUGGUGUGAUUUUGAUAAUUGUUUUCUUAAAAAAAAAAUCUGUUUUGUCCUGCUGGACUUUUUGAAAAGAAGGGAAUCUGGGGGAGUAGGGAAUCAUUGUUGUGUGUGUGCGUGUGUGUACACACACAGACACCUACAGACACCUACAGCCUCUAUCUCUCACUCUCUUGGUUUUUAUGUGAACGUAUUAAAAGAAAAAUUUUGUACCGUGC